UGCGGCGCAGCGAUUGGACGGCGCGUUGUGGGCGGGACCCCCAGGGGUUCAUCAGCACGCCGGGGCGCUCAGAGGGACCCCGGGACUCCCUAGUCGGACCAUGGUGCGACUCUGGGCCGCGGGGCUCGUCCCGCUCCUCCUGGCGGGCUUGGCCCAGGCCGCGCGGCAGCCGCAGCCGCAGCAGCAGCAGAUGAAGGUGGAUUGCUAUGAGGGGGUGACGGGCACCAUCUACGAAUACGGAGCACUCACCCUCAACAGCGAGGAGUAUAUCCAGUUCAAGCAGUACGCGGGCAAGCACGUCCUCUUCAUCAACGUGGCCACCUUCUGAGGCUUGACAGCUCAGUACAUCGAACUGAAUGCACUCCAGGAAGAGCUGAAGCCUUUGGGUGUUGUUCUCUUGGGCUUUCCCUGCAAUCAAUUUGGAAAACAAGAACCCGGAAAGAACUCAGAAAUCCUUGCUGGGCUCAAGUAUGUACGUCCAGGUGGUGGAUUUGUCCCCAACUUCCAACUCUUUGAGAAAGGAGAUGUGAAUGGGGAAAAAGAACAGAAGAUCUUUACCUUCCUGAAGAACUCCUGCCCCCCAACUUCUGAUGUUCUGGGCUCCCCGGACCACCUCUUCUGGGAGCCCAUGAAGGUCCACGACAUUCGCUGGAACUUCGAGAAGUUCCUGGUGGGGCCCGACGGCGUGCCGGUCAUGCGCUGGUUCCAUCAGGCCCCCGUGAGCACCGUCAAGUCUGACAUCCUCGAGUACCUGAAGCGGCCUGAAUAACCAGCCAGACCCCCCCCCCAGCCACCCUUUCUGGUAGAGCAGAGCCCCCCCCCCCGCCAAGAAGAACAGGCUUAGCGGAAUCUGCCUCGCUCUGCCUUUCCCCCACCCCAGCCCGCUGCAUACGCAAACCCCCCAGAACCACCCACCGAUGCAACUGUGAGUGUGUUUGAAGGUGAAGGAAAAGCAAAAGAGCAAAUCUCUGGCCCCCAAACAUCAAGCUUCCCCCACCCCCACUUUGCUCUCCACUCCAAAGAAAAAUCUUCUUUCAGGGCACAUGCUCAUCCCACCCCAGUUUCUCCUUGUGAAAGUUUUAAAAAAAAACAACUGUGCGGAAGAUGCUCAAGCUCCCUCCCACAGACCCCCCCAGGCGGGCAGUGCCAGCUCCCCGCGCUCCAGGAUCAACCCUCCUGCGAGCUUCUCUUGGAGACAGCGAGCAGAAAGCUCCCCUCGGAGGGAAGGAGGGACAUCUCCAUGACGGUGGGUCCCCAAGCCCCUCGGGGUUGGACCCGACCAGACCCCUGCUGGGUGUCCUGUCCCUUUGUGCAUUCAGGUCAUGGCACCGGGCACUGAUGUCCCCUCAUUCUCAAUGAGGAGUUUUUGCCUCGCCCCACGUCUCCCUAACGCUGAUCACUGUCUCAAAUUAAAACUCUCUGCUGCAGCUGGA